AUGCCUUCCUUGGGCUCCGUGUUUGUCCCAGGACUCAAACUCCUGAAGUGCCGGGAGCCACUGCCCUCCGACGGUCCAUCCCAGCUCGUCAUGGUGGAGGAGGAGCACCACUGGGACAGCUCCUGGCAUCGGCAGCAGACUGUCCAGUUGCUGCUCCAAGACCUGUCCAGCCUGAUCUUGGACACUUCCAGGGAUGUAACAGCUACUCUGGACAACCUGUGCCAGGGCCUCACCACCCUCACUGAGGAGAACUUCAUCCUUGAAACGAAUGCUGUCCUGAAAAACAUGCUCAGGAAGUUGAGGGAUAUAGAGGUAGAACACCAUGGCUGCAGCGAGAUGCUGAGGCUCCAGGCCAACCAUCUGGAUUUCAAGGAAAAACGUCAGGAGAGGCUCAUCAGGGAACUGGAGGCAGCUACAGUGAAAACAAAGAAACUGGAGGAAAACGCUGAAGCAGCGAGACUAGCACAUAUGGAAUGUAAAUACACGACAGAAAUCAUGCAGUUAAGAAUUCGAGAACUUGAAGAUGCUUUGAAUGAAGAGCAAGGCGGCAGGAGAGAAGCUUUUUCAGUGGUAGCACAGAAAGAUUUCAGAGAGUCAGAAAAUGCGCAUGAGAGAGGAAAAAAAGAUUUACGAAGACAGCCUUCAUCCUUAAAUGUGCAAUGGAGAGAGGGGGCUAAGGACAGGAACGAAACUGAAGAACCCUCUGGGAGAUUAGUGAAUGCUGCAACCAGCUUCAGCCUGCAUGAAGGCCCAGUGAGCAAGCCGCCCAUCCUCCUAAACUUAUACCAGAGAAUGGCAGAUAGCCAUGUGCUUGCCAAACAGCCAAAUGUUCCCCUGGAAGGAUUACCUUGGAUGGAGUUUUGUGUACUCUUGUAUGAGAAUGUUGAAGCCCUGAUCUUGAAUUUCCACAAGGCAAAUGAGAGGAUAUCUCAGCUAGAAUAUAUUUGCAAGCACAAGACUGACACUAUGAAUGACCUUCAGCAGAACCAGGAGGAUGCUCUGGAGAAAAUGUCUGAGCAGUUAAAAGCACAGGAGCAUUGCUUACAGAAAGAAAAGCAGUAUCUUGAACAGCAGUACUCAAAUCUCCUUGCAGAAGUUCAUGCAAGAGCACAGGAAUGUGAAGAAACAUCACAGAAAAACAGGCAAAAACUGUAUGGCCUUGAACAAAUGUGCGAGAAACUGGCCCAUGAAAACAAUUCUGUGAGAAAUACAUUAUCAAAUGCUUACAAGGACCAUUCAUCUCUGCUGGCAGCCUGUGCACUGCUGUCAGGGGCCCUGUGUCCUCUCUAUGGCAGACAGUGUGCUAUGUCUUUCCAAAGAGACCUUCUCCAGGACCAGGUGAACCUCCGUGAAUUAGUGAACCAGGAGAUCAGGACCCUCCUUAAUGCUCUCCCUACUAAUGUGGAAAACAAUCAAGAUGAAGCAAGGCUGAGGCAGAGAAGAGCCAAACACCUGGUUUAUGUGUUCCGAAGAGCUGUGAUUGCAGUUCUGGCCUCUAACAGGCUUAGAGCUCUGGCCCAAAAUUCUUGCUCCUUUUUUGUCUGGACAGAUGGCUCAAGAGGAAGCCUUGGAAUUCAAGUUUGUGUGGGAGAAUCCAGAGGCAGGCAUCAUGGGGCACGUUUUAAAGAGGAAGGAGUUGACUGUAUUGAAGCACUUGAUUGGUUGACUAGCUCUAACCUCUUUGCUGCAAUAAUCAGUUCCCUCUCUGAACUGCAUGACAUUCUCAGCACACCAGAUCCAAACUCCUGGCUUUCUGGACACUCACUCAUCAGUGCAGCCAGGAACUCCUUUUCAAAACUGAUGGACAAUCUGAGCGUAUUGAUGGAGACAGUUCAAGGGAACCCUUGUGGGUGCAGAGCUUACCUGGAGAGGGACUCCCUGAUACAGAGGCUGGCUUGUGGACUUCUCAGAGUAAAUGCCCAGGCCCUGAAAGCUGGAUUGUAUGACAGACUGCCCAGCACAAGAAACAUAGCAAUCUUGCAGCAAGAAGUAUUUGAAUUAUCACGAAGGCUUCAUACAGCAGAGGUAGAGUCCCACUCACUGCACCUACAGCUUGCAGAAUUCAAAUGGACUUUCAGUGAGAUGCAGAGGGAUGCUGAAAAAGCCCACAGACUUCAAGAGCAAUUAAAUGCACUUCAACAUGUAAGUAUAUCUGAUCUGGAGACUCUUGCUCAAAAGAGAUUCUCCUUUCUACACAUUUUUUGUGACGAGCUGGAUAAAGCUUUGCAGCGUGAGCGUGAGGCAAGAUUGCUUUUACAAGAACACCAGCGACAGCUUCAGGAGUUAAGUAAUAGACUAGAAUUGCACACAUGUGCAGACCCAGAUAGAAGCCAAGACUCAAAGGUAUCUCUGACAAGCCUCCGUGAUGCAACAGAGGAGCUGAGGAGAAGAGACCAAGUUCUGAAUCACCAGAAGAGUCUCCUGAAAGACAUGGAGCAGGACCGGCAGCGGCUGCAUGAGACUCUCCAGGAGACAGAACAUGCCCUCCAACAGGCAGCAAAAGACAAAGAGUUGAUGAUUAAUCAUAUGAAAGCUGUUGAUGCCACCCUGAAUGCGAUCAGAGAUCAGGCCGUGGCAUCAGGUGCUGCAGCAGCUGCGCUACUCCCCAGCCUGAAGCUUGAGACCCUUUCAGAGGAAGCAAUGAGGGGCAGGCCAGAGGCUACAGCAUUCCAAAAUGUGCUCAUAAGUUUUAUGGAGCUCUACUCAGUGGCAUCUGCCAGAGUUGAAGCAUUAACAGGAAGAGAACCUUCAGGGGUUCAUAUUGAACCUGAAGUAGCUGUUAUGCCUCCUGCUCCUGCUUCUAAAG